AUGCGUACACUAGGAGCAGACGGGAGACCUACUAGCCGACGCCGCCGAACCGUAGAUGAAGUUGGUCCCUCUGUACCAGAAAGAGGUCCUAAAAAGGAGCUCAAAGUCGCAAGACAUGGGACAAAGCUUCAGGAUAGAGUUCCUCAGAUGCUCCCACCAGAGAUGGAGGCUUUGGUGUCUAGGUUAGGUCUGACUUGUCUCCAGAGAACUAGCCUGACCAAGAUAGACGUUAAUCUUGUCUCAGCAUUUGUGGAGAUGUGGCAUAUAGAGACGUCGUCAUUUCACAUGCCAUUUGGUGAGGUGACAAUUACAAUAGAUGAUGUUGCCAGUCUGCUGCACUUGCCUAUUGGUGGUUUGUUCUGGUAUCCUCGGGAGCAUAUCACUGAGGAGAUGGUUGUUGAGCUUGGCAUCCAGUACUUGGGAGUGGAGAGGGGUGAGAUGGCUCGACAUGUGCGUGACUGCAGGGGAGCUUAUUAUUCAUUGCAGUGGUUAUACGAUAGAUUUGUGGAGCAUCGUGAUGCUAGUAGUUGGGCUUUUGCGACCAGGGCAUAUCUUAUGAUGUUGGUCGGUUGUACGAUUUUUGGGGAUAUGACCUUUACUCUUGUCGAGGCCCGAUAUUUGCUGUUGUUUAGAGUCUUAGAGAGACUUAGUGCUUAUAGUUGGGCAUCUGCUGCACUGGUCACUCUCUAUCGACAUCUUGAAGAUGCAUCUAUGUUUAGUUGCAAGCAGUUAGGUGGAUAUCCUACUCUUCUACAAUGUUGGAUUCAUGAGUACUUUCCCACACUUGGAAGGAAAGGAUGA